GUGAUGGAGGUGGUCCUGCUCCACGGGCUGCUGCUCCUCCUCCCCUUGGCCCUGCUGCUUUACUGCUGCAGUGCCACUGUCCAGUACUUCUGCAAGGUGGCCUUCUUCAACUGCUGGAUUGUCACCUUGGCCACCCUCCUGUCCCCCCUGGCGGCCUUCCGGGGGCGUUCUGUGGAGAACAUGAAGCUGCUGCGUGCUGCGCUCCUGCCCCUCAAACACAUCUAUGGCAUCAAGAUGCAGGUGAGGGGCUCUGAGCACCUGAACAUCAAGGAGCCCUUUGUGAUGGUUUGCAACCACCAGGCUUCCCUUGACCUCCUGGGCAUGGUGGAGGUGAUUCCCGAGCGCUGCGUGCCCAUGGCCAAGAAGGAGCUGCUCUACCUGGGCACGGUGGGCUGGGCCUGCUGGCUCAGCGGCAUCAUCUUCAUCGACCGCCGCCGCAGGGCAGAGGCCAUCGAAGUCAUUUCCCGGACGGCCAGGACCAUGCUGCGGGACAACCUCCGGAUCUUGAUUUUCCCUGAAGGCACCAGGAACCAGCAGAGGUCCAUGCUGCCCUUCAAGCGUGGGGCUUUCCACCUGGCCGUGCAGGCUCAGGUUCCCAUUUUCCCCAUGGUCAUCUCCCCAUACUGGGACUUCUUCAGCUCGAAGGAGAAGAGAUUCACCUCUGGGACCUGCAGCAUCCAGAUCCUCCCCAGGGUAGAAACCCAGGGCCUGACCCCAAAGGAUGUGCCCCAGCUGGCAGAGAGGGUCUGGCAGGCCAUGGCUGACGUCCUCGCCCAGAUGGCCGCGGCUCUUUAUUCAGCAAAGCAAAGGGAAGAUGCAUCCCCUCUGGCACAUCACUGA